UGUCUUCCAAUUCAAUGCAUCUGUAACCUAAUAGUUAUUUCUGUGGUAGAAAUAUUGGUAUCGGCAAGUACACAAAUGAAAAAACUUGUACUUGUUCUCAGUUCAGAGUCACAUGCAAGUUGUUUCACAGGUUCUAAAUUAAAUAUACCGAGGCCCUCUUUACCUCAGUGGGUAGAGCAGGCAUCCCAUGUACAGAGGCUUUGCCCUCACUGCAGCAGCCCCGGGUCUGAGCCUCAGCCUGGAGCCCUUUGCUGCAUGUUACUCUCUCAACCUGUUUCCUGUCAUAUCUCCAACUGUCCUGUCAAUAAUGCCAAAGGCCAAAGGCCAUAUACUUUAAAUCAAACAUACUAGACUGUACACAGUCACUUUUACUAACUGACAGCAGUGAGGCAGCACGACUGCCACGACUGAGAAUACUUUCAAGAACCUGCUUUCAUUUUAGCAUCCAUGGAUUCUCUGGACUACAUUAACCCUUACCUGUUCAGGCACAGAGGGAGAAACUUUCUGACAAAGGACAUAUUGCGACCAAAGGACUUGGACGCCCUCCUGCAUGUUGAGCUCCGUCCUACCGAUAUCUUCCUCAUCACUUACCCCAAGUCAGGGACAGCGUGGAUGCAGCAGAUCCUGGUCCAGAUCAUGGAAGCUGCACUACCUGGCUGGGGCGGAGAUGCCACCAACAGAGUUAAAGUUCCUUUGCUGGAGGAGAGAACUGCAGACGACCCUUUCCGAGAAAGGCCUGAUCCCAGAAUCUUUAGAUCACAUCUCCCCCCUGACAUGUUGCCCCUCCAAGUGAAAGAUAAGAGAAUCAAGGUUGUAUAUGUUUGGAGGAACCCCAAAGAUGUCCUGGUGUCCCUUUAUCACUUUGCCCAUAGCUGGGUCCUGCUGGAAACACCCGAGAGCUUUGAAGGGUUCUAUCAGCAGUUCCUGGAUGGUGAUGUUUACAGGGGAUCGUGGUUUGAUCAUGUGAGAGAAUAUUGUGUGGCACAAGAUGAACUGGACAUCCAUUUCAUGCAGUAUGAGGAGAUGUUGAAGGACCUCAGAGGGGAAGUGGUGAAGCUAUGUUCUUUUCUGGGAAAAGACUUGACAGAUGAAGCCAUCGAUCGUGUUGUGGAAAAGUCCACCUUCAAAAACAUGAAGACCGACCCUAAAGCAAACUUCAAGGACUUAGUUGAAGUCCACCGCUACAAGUCGGAAACCAUGCGCAAAGGUAAAGCAGGUGACUGGAAGAACUUCUUCACAGUUGCCCAGGAUGAACAUUUUGACAAAGUGUUCAAGGACAGGAUGAGCGACCUGCCUCUCAGCUGCAUCUGGGAGAUCAAGGAGUAACUGCCUCUUAACGUGAGCUCAGGGUCACAGAGAUAGUGAUUCAAAAAUGGCCUCCUCUUCUGUUUAAUUUUGUAUUCAUUUUUCUCAACAACCUUCAUCUUCUGGCUGAUCCAGCCGUGAAUCGCCAUUGGAUCACAUUUUUAUCUGAGAAAUCAAUGUGACUGUUGGCACAAGAGGAGCCCAAAAAAAUCUCCUCCCACUUUGCAACUCUAUAAAAUAGAAGUGAACGGGGGAAAAUAUACAAAUAAAUGAAGGUAAAGAUUUGCUCCUUUAGCUCUGGUACUUUAAGUCCAGUACUUGAGUAAAUUUACAUCCUAUAACGACAUAUGUGGAUCGUUGACGGUCCAACGUUGGGGUCACUUUUCAGUGGAAUUACUUUUGUACCUUAUACAUGUCAUGUAUAGACCUGGUUCUCUUUCACUGGACUAUUGUAUUUUUAUUAUUUCUAUGUAUUAGCUCUAGUCACAGGAAUCGAAUGGUUAGAGAAAGAAAAGUGAGUUUCUAAAAUAAUGAUUGUAGUAAAUUAAAAGUGAAUUGCCUGCUGAUGAGGGAGGUGGAGGUGUGAAAAUAUCCUUUUCUGUAAAUUGGACCGACACACUGAUACAAAAACGGAAAUAAAUGAUCAAUUACAAGUGGUACAAUAGGUCAACAUUCCAUUGUCUUGACUAGCAUUUAAUGCACCAGAUGAUGCUUGUACUAUGUUGAUGUUUCAGCCAUUUAUUUUCCUGCAUUUUCUUUCAUUUUUCCUCUCCAAAGAGUUCAAGUUUGUUUCAUAGCUCUGAGUACAAAGAAGUUUGAAGAAUAUAACCAUUAUAUACGCACGGUCAUUGUGUUGACUUUACACCUCUGUCUAGUCGGGGCUUUGAUGAGCCGUCAAUAAA